CUGUUUCCAUUUACUGACAGUACGGUAAUUCAAUUUUCUUUUCAAUGUAGUUGCUAUACUGACAUGUUCGUUGUCUUUUGAAAUUCUCAAAAUAAAUUGUUUUUACCCUAAUUAAAAUACAUUGAUAUUUGUUUUGCAGUCUAUAAAAAGCCUGUAGACUUUGAAUUCGAAUUUUUUAUUGAUCGAUUAGUAGAAAACUCUUUCUAUAGCAGCUUCCCGAAAAGGGGUCGAAUUUGUCCGAAAACUGGGAAAUUGGGUUAGUGUGUCUCGUAUCGUGAGUAGAAGUGUUACUUAUGUUGCUAAAGUUAUGAAUUAAAAAUAUGUGCAGCACAUUAUGUGUUUUUGAUUUCUUUCGAUACUGUGAGAAAAACUAUUAAAGUUUUGCAACUGUACACAGAUUCAGAAUUCUGUUGAUCAACAUAUUGAUAUGGUGAUUUCUGUUACGCAGAUUUUAGCUAUUGAACGCCCCAACUGGUUAACUGUGUUUGGUUUACUUGUUGUAAAUUUAUUAUUUCGAGUAAUGUUGUUAAUUUCAGACAUCCUUAAGCACUUCCACUACUUGAACAUUAAUAUUCUAUUUCCACGUCAGGUUUGUUGAUUAGUUUCUUAUUUUUUACGGUGGUCAUUUUUUAAAAAAUUUAAUAAUCCCGUUAAACUGUGUUUAUAUAUUAUUAUGGCUAAAAACUCAGUAAAUUUUACGUUUGUAGUUAAAAAGGUCCUUUACGUUUAUUUGAUUUCGAGUAGAAUAUGCAGUGAGUGAAGUCAAAAUGUGUCUACUUGUUGCUAAACAUAAUUAGUUUUGAUUAAACAGUUGAAUUUAUGUUUUGUAUGGAUCCCUCUUUUUGCAAAUCUAGGGAUUCUGAAGCAACCUGGUACUUUUUGAUAAUCUAGAUUUCAGAACCAACGGAUUGUCAAGGUCAUUUAAGCUUGAUAUAUACACUGACGGUGAUCUAAACAAUUUGGUUUCACUUGACUUUUGAUGUGGAGACCGUCUUAAAUGGCGCCAAAAAUUUUGCCAGCAAGUUUUAUGAUGUUUCGAACCUAUUUUAUAAAACCUUUUUUUCUAUGAGUAAUGACAGAGAAAAAAGCCAUACUGGUAGAUAACCCCAAAGAAUGAAUUGUUUUGUAAGCACUCAACAUUGAUGCUGACCGUUUUAGUAUUACAAAACACUGGCCAGCUGAAGACACUCGAUCACGUAUUCACGUCAGACCAAGUUUAAACUUAUCACAAGAUGCUUCUCCUGUUGUAAAUACUAGCGUAGAGGUUUCACAUUACGCUGCCGACCGUCAUCCACCUCUUCUAUCUAAGGCUCGGGUCAUCUCAUCAGAAGAAAUGUAGAUCUUCAAUAUGUUUGCAGACGUUGUUCUACCAGGUGUCUAUAUAACAGUUUCUAGCCAAUUUACAACGGUCUCUAAAACAUAGGGACAAAUGUUUUGAAUAUCACAUACUGUAUGUCGUAUUUACUUACAUAUUAGGCCAUCAAAAUUAGAACGACAGCAUAAAACCCUAAAUAUUAAAUGAGACAUUCUCUUUCUUCAGAAAUUAUGUUUUGUCACACAUCUUUAUGAUAGAUAAACAGGGUUUUAAGUGCUAUCUCAGUUUUUAUCACAGUCUAAAAAGACUAGUCUCUCAAGGUUAAUUUAUAAAUUUUAUAUUCUAAUUCGUGUUUACGAGCUUUCGUAACACUUUUGACAUUUUGUGAUACUUGGAGUUUUCACCGGAUUUUCGAUGUCGUGAUUUCUGAUACAAUAAUAUAUGAAACUGAACACUUCCUUCAUUGUAUGAAUAUUACAAUUCCAAGCUAUGUAACUCUAACGUCAACCAAAAUUUUCAAAGUUUGUUACUAGCUUUGAGGAACAAAAUGUGUUAUAUUUCGUUUGUAGUUUCCAUGUCCUAGUGUUUUUAUAUACUGAUUGCCAUUCUUCACCUUUCUAUUAUUUGGAUUAGCCUACUCUAUAUAUUUAUUUCCCAUCUCAUGAAAUGAUCCUAAACAUAUUAACCUUGAUCUCUAUAAGAAUUAUUUUAACUUCAUGGAGUUUACACAAUUCAGGUGUUGAAAUUUCUAAAUGCACUGCGUUUUUCUUUGAUACUUUCACCCUUUGUUUUCUUUUCAAAAGAUGGAUUUUAAUGAUCAGAUAAAACUCAGGUUAGUAGCUGGGUUGUGUUCUUUUUUAUAGAGAUAUAUAUUAGUGAUAAUAUCAAGAUUCCUUCAGAUUACUUUUGAUUUCUGGCUUUGAAAUUGUUAAAUAGUUCAGUUUAUGAUAGAAAGACAACGAUUGAUUUUAUUCUUGGAAUGCAACCAUGUUAUUUAUCUCAGUUCAUGUAUCGGAAUUCGGAUCGAUUAUAGAAUUCGCAAAUAUUUUUCUCACAUCCUGAACUACCAAGGAUCUUAAAUCUGUGAUAUUGUUGAACAAUAAACUUGUACCGUAAUGGCAUUAAGCUGUCUUCCUUGCUUAAUAUGGGAGCGGAUAAUGAGCUGUUUGCCACCAGUGCAUUUUUAUGAAGCCCGCUGUAUCAUUGGGGAAGAUCUUAUUGAUCAGACAUUGGAAUUAAAAUCUGAAAUUAUUUCUGUUUUAGAACUAGCCAACAAUAACGAUUCUUUUCUACCAACCUCUCUAGAUUCUUCAAAUUGCUCAACUGACGUGGAGUAUUUCUCUUUCCUUUAUUUAAAUUCCAUCGGAAAAUCAAAGCACGAUAAUCCUGAUCAAACAUUUGAUGAUGUGAAAGAAGAAUCUGAACUUGAAUAUUACACUCAAAAAAUAAGAAAUGCUAUACUUGCAGAAAUCUCACAUUUGAAAACUUACUUACAAAAUAUUCAGAAUUCUCUUUUGGAAAACUUUAGUACAUUAAAUCAUGAACAGGAAAAUAUCAGUCAAACCCUUCAAAAACUGUCUUGCGGUUUAGAGUUCCUCCUUAGUCAAAAUUCAAUUAAUGGGUUACUUAGCAGUUCAGAUGUUCCUUGUUCAUCAGUUUCAUUGUCAAAUCGAUCAUCAAGUGAGAAUUCCUCUUCUUCAUCUUCAUCCAGUAAAUCUAAGAGAAAAUCAGUUCAUGAUUCGUUGUCUCUUCAUCAGAAUUCGAAUCACUGUAGACAAAUGCAAAUGUUGUCUUUAGAAAAUAACAAAACUAUUACAAAUAGUAAUAAUGUCCUACGGAAAUCAAUAACUACCUACAAAUUAUCCACCUCAGAGAUAAAACAAUUACAAAAUGAUACAAAUCAAAAAUUUGAUGAACAAAUUCAUUUACCCGAUAUUUCAAAUUCAUUUAAACAAUUAAAACAAAAAUCUUAUUUAAUCAAUAAAUCUCAAUUAAUCAAUCAAAAUGUAUUAUAUAAAUCAGAUUCAAAUAAAUUAUGUAAUAUAAAACAAAUAUAUUCUAAUGAUAAUCGUUAUAAUUCAGCGCAAAAAUUUCGACAAAUGAUAUUAAAAGCGCGUCAAGAUAGCGGAAAUUAUUAA